GGCGCCGCAGCUGAACGGGGAAGCGGCAGCUGAGCAGGAGCCGGCCGCGACGGCCGUGCCCCCUGAAGACAGCGGCGGGACGGGGAGCGGCUCCCCCGAGGGGGCGGCGGAGACACCGAGCGGGCCGGGCGUGGGGCAGCAGGUUCCAGCGGGGGCUGAGCAGCGAGACCCCAACGGGAACGGCCUCGCGGGCGAGGGUCUGCCGGGAGAGGAGCCGGCGGCCGCUGGGGUGGAUGCGCCUGAGGGUUCCGCCCCGGCGAGGACAGACCUAGAGGACGAGGCGGUGGCCCCGACGGGGACGGAGCCCGAAGAGGCAGUCCCCUCGGGGACAGAGCCCGAGGACGCGGCUAUGGCCCCGGCGGGAACGGAGCCUGAAGAGGUGGAGACGGCCCCGGGGGAGACAGACCCCGAGGAGACGGUGAGGGAGGCAUCCCCGGAGGGGACAGAGCCCGAAGAGGCGGCGGGGACAAUCCCGGCAGGGACAGACCCCGAAGAGACAACGGGGACAGAUGCCGUGGAGGCGGAGGCGACAGCCCCGGCGGGGACAGACCCCGAAGAAGCGGUGAGGGAGGAAGCCUCGGCGGGGAGAGACUUAGAAGAGGCAGAGCCGACAGCCUCGGAGGAGAGGGACCCCGAAGAGGCAGUGAGGGAGGCAGCCGCGGAGGGGACAGAUCCCGAAGAAGUUGCGGUGACAGCCCCGGCGGUGAGAGAUCCCGAGGAUGCGGUGCGGGAGGCAGCUCCGGCGGAGACCGUUCCCGAGAAGGCAGCGGCCCCGGCGCGGAGCGAGGUGGCUCCUGAGAGCUGCGGAGAAGCAGAGGCGGCCGUGCUGGGCGGCCCCGACGGCGAGGACGGAGCGGAGACACCGGGGUCAGAGCGGGGAGCCGGUGUCCUGGCGGUGGCGGAAGCGGGGAGCGUAGCCCCGGGUGCAGGGGAAGGCGGAUCACCGGACCCUGAGGGCGGCCAGUGGGACGCGGUAGGUCGGAGCCUGAACGGCGUGCAGGGCCGGGCGGAGGACGAGGAGGACGAGACGGGCUCGCCGGCCGCCCUGAAGGAGGAAGAGGAGGACGAGGAGAAGCAGGAACACGACAUCUCCCUCUUUGUCAAGGCUGGCAGUGAUGGGGAAAGUAUUGGAAAUUGCCCAUUCUCUCAGCGUCUUUUUAUGAUUCUAUGGCUAAAAGGUGUCAUAUUUAACGUCACAACUGUGGAUUUGAAAAGAAAGCCUGCUGACCUGCAGAACCUCGCACCAGGAACAAACCCCCCCUUCAUGACGUUUGAUGGCGAAGUGAAAACCGAUGUCAAUAAGAUCGAGGAAUUCUUGGAAGAAAAGCUAACACCACCCCGGUAUCCCAAACUUGCACCAAACCACCCUGAGUCUAACUCUGCAGGAAAUGAUGUGUUUGCAAAAUUCUCUGCUUUCAUAAAGAACCCAAGAAAAGAUGCUAAUGAAAAUCUGGAAAAAUCUUUGCUUAAAGCCCUGAGGAAGCUGGACAACUAUUUAAAUAGCCCCUUGCCUGAUGAAAUUGAUGCUUACAGCACUGAGGAGAUCACUGUUUCCAGCCGGAAAUUCCUGGAUGGAGAUGAGCUCACCUUAGCAGAUUGCAACCUCCUACCAAAGCUCCAUAUAAUCAAGGUUGUUGCAAAAAAAUACAGAAAUUUUGAUUUUCCACCUGAGAUGACAGGGAUUUCAAGAUACUUGAACAAUGCAUAUGCAAGAGAUGAAUUUACAAACACUUGUCCUGCUGAUCAAGAAAUUGAGUAUGCAUAUUUGGAUGUUGCAAAGAGGAUGAAGUAAACAGAAGAUGCCUCCAUUCUUUAUUGCUUCUGAGAUUUAGAUGGGCAGUGGCCAAGAUGGAAAAAAAAAAAGCCAGUAUACACUCUGCAGUGUAAUUUAAAGUUCUGCUAUUGGCCAAUCCUUCUCUGAUAAUCAUUGUAUAGCUUUAUUUGCUCGUUCUUAAAUUAUGUAUGUAUAUGUUUGUCUGUCUGUACAGAUGUCUGCACACAUGAAUGUCAGUUGUGCAUUGCAAGUUCAAGGCAUCAGUCAAUAUUAAAGCAUUUGUUGAAGUUAGGGAAACACAACUAUAGGAAUAUUGCAGACUAGUGACUUAAUGCUAAAUUGAUGAAUUGUGAGAAGAAGUAGCCCUGUUUCUAACACACAUUUAACCUGUCGUUAUUGCUGCCUCUGAUUUCUAUUUCACAGUUGUUGCCAAACUUCACAGUUACCAGCAGGGUUUCUGUUUGCUUCUCUGCAAGCCUCAGAGGGCUACAAGCCAGCAGCUGAUGCCCAUGCAGUGCCCUGGUUAACUCAGGAGAAAGGUCAGCCUGUAGGUGGGACCACAUCUGAUAUCCCAGAAGCCCUCUCCUCUGUGCUAGAGACCUGCAGGGCAGGUCAAUGAGGAACAAAUCCUUUUCACAUUGUGUGAGUCUUCUUUGAAAUUAAAUAAAAUCUGCCUUCUCCUCUUUCAGGGCUGCAUAACUGAUAAAACUUCCCUCCUGGUGCUCCCAGAGUGCAGCACAGGCUGUCACUGGCCCAUGGACUAUCUGAUGAUAAAUUUUUGACAAGGGAGGAGGGAAAGACUUGGUUGUCACUGUUGACAGAAGAAAUGUGUGAUGUAGAUGCGUGAUCCUACUGACAUAGGAUCUCUCUUUGUCAUCCUUCCAUGACUUUAAUUUAGUUUUGGAAAGCAAAAGAAGGAGAGGGUCCAAGAAAGAAAUAGUCUUUAUAUGUUUCCUUUUUGUGGUUGAGCUCCAGCAUACUGGCUUUACCAGGGCAGCUGUUCAUUGCUGAGAGCUUUACAGCUGAUCAGACAGGUCUCUGUCAGGAACAAGGCAGAUCUACCUCCUGCCUUAGGUGGGGGAUGGAUGGGAUUAACCCCUCCAGCCUUGCAUGACUCUGCAUUCCAGUUAGCCAGUACUGGUGGGGAACACCCUCUAGCCUGGCCUCUGGGAGCACACUAUUAGAGGUGUAUGGACUAUGAAAAGUGAUGUCCACAGCUGCUUUCUGCUGAGCAGGUCCUCAGCAAGCACAUAGGAGUAGAGGGUGCAAUGCUUUAGUCACAGGGUCACCUGAAAGUUCCCUUCUGAUGGAUUUUUGCCUGUAUGAACAAAUUAGGUGAGAAAAUGGCUAAAAAAUAGCCUUUGUAGCAUUUAUAUCCACAAAAAAAGACAGUUACAAACUACUUAUUUGUCCUUGCCCACUUGAAACAUGCGGUUGCUUUCUAACAAAGUGUUACUUCAUGGUAAUAAGCAUCGUCAGAUACGUUGUGUCUGCAGGGUCUUAGUCUUGCUACACAGUUCUGAUGCAAAUGUGUUAUCAUCACAGUUACGUGCAAGGAUUGUUCAAUAUGCAGUUUUAGAUUGCCUUUAGAGAAAACAGCCACCAUACCUUUCCCCUCUCAUCCUCAAUUGUGAACUCCUGUUGGGGUUGGUAGCUGAGCAGUCACUUAUCACAUAUUACUAACUGUUACUUUGUAUUUUCAAAUACAUACAUAUAUAUAUCUAUAUAUAUAUGAUAUAUAAAAAUGAAAUCUGUAUACUCUUUUCAUAUGCCUUACAAAUUUAAAUAGA